AUGCAAUUUUUUAUAAAAUCUUAACUAGGUAGAAUCCUUCUUCUCCUCUUCAUUCUCUAAACUCUUGAUAUAGCAAAUGGAGAUGGAACGCUAUGCAAUUAAGUAUUCAAUUACGAUGCUUACUUCUCUGUAUCUCUCCUCAAGCAAAACACUCGUUUUUCGUACAAACUUUCAAAUACUGAAGCGAGUUAGGGUAAUUUUACAUACAAAAUGACUGAAACUUUUACAUCAAUAGUAACUGAUCCAUUUUUUACUACUGGAACUGGAUAAUUUGAUUUAGUUUUUAAUUUCUGUUAAUAUGUUUCAUACUAUGCUAAUGAAACUGCUUAUUGCCCAACUUAAAUGAAUUCUUUGACUUAAAGCACAUAUGCAAUGCUAGUUCCAUUAGAUGCUUCUGGUAAUAGUUAUGGAAAUCCUUGCCCAAACAUAAUCACACCUACCUAUUUAGCAUCAGGCUCAAAAUUCGAUAAUUAUCAUUUUGAUUUGAUUGACAGCGAUAGACCAUAAGAUGGGUACGUAUAUCGACAAUAUUUUCCUUAAUAGACAAUCGCAUCUAAUCCUGAUGGCUCAAAAUCAGUUCUUAAUUACAAUAAUAGUAUAACAUACAUUAUUAGAUGCGAUUCAAAAGAGAGUCAAGCUCUAAAUAUUAAAGGUUGGAGAUACAUAAAAAAUGCAACAUAUUUCGGUAUAUAUCUUGAUACUACCUCUAAAUAUGGUUGUCCUACUUUACAAUUAUCAAAGUUAUGGCAAAUUCUCUCAGAUAAUUCAAUUAUUUUUACCAUAGCAAUGGUAUCGAUAGGAGCUGCAUUAUGUUUCUUUGGAUUGAAACUCUACAAGCCCACUUUGUUUAUCAUUGGUUAUAUUACUGGUUUUGGUGGUAUUGUUGCUAUCAUGGGAGAAUUCGUUAUAAGAUAUGAUAGUGAUUCUAUUAUGGCUUAUGCGUGCUUGAUAAUAGCUGUUCUUUUUGGUGUGCUUACUGGUUACGUUACAGUUUCACUUCCAAAGUUAGGAUUCUUUGCACUAGGAAUGUGGCUUGGUAUUGUAUUAGCACUUCUUUUUAAUAAUGCUUUCCUAUAUAAAAUAUAAGUUGGAAAUUAGUUUGUUGUGCUUUGGAUAACUAUAGGUAUUUUAGCUAUACUUAUGGGAUUAAUGAGCUUCUUCUUUUACAGACACUGCGUUAUGGUUUGUACUGGAUUUAUAGGUUCAUAUUGCAUGAUCCGUCCUUUCGGAUGGAUAUUAGGUGAUUUCCCUAAUGAACUCUAAAUUGCUUAAGAAUUAAAAUAUGGCUAAAUUUCUUCUGUCCCUAACUUAUUUUACUUAUAUUUUGCACUCAUUUUGCUUGUUGGUGCAAUUGGUAUCAAAUUUUAAUACAGUAUGUAUUUCUCUCGUAGAUAGCAAGAAGAAGAAAACGAUCUUUAGCUUUAUCUUGCUGACCCUGAUUUCAUUGAUUUGAAUAAAUCUUUGCUUGAUAAAAAUGACGAAGACCUAACCACAAAAGAGAAAAAAACAAAAGAAAAACUUAUCCGUAUGUAAAAAAAUGUAGAAAAAGAAAAAAAAAGAUAAGAAAGAUUUAUGAGAAGAGCAGAUAGAUUAAAAAGACGUGAAAAGGGUGAAGAUGUAAGUGAAGAUUCUGAAGAUUCAGAUGAAGAUGAUGAUAACUCUGAAAAUGGUGGAAGCGGAAGUGAUGAGGAAAAAGGUCGUAAAUCAAAAAGAUCUAGAUCUAAAUCUAAAGAUUUAGGAUUAUUUGGUGCUAUAAGUAAGACUGAAUCUAGAAGAAAAUCAAAAGCUAAGUCAUUUAAAAAGUAAAAUUCUAACUCAUCAAAUGAAGAUAAAUAAUAUGGAAAAGAUGAAGACCAUGUAGUAGAAAAGAAAGAUAACAAAAAGUUUUCUAAUUUGUUUGCAGGUAUUAAAAAAAAUAAGAAAUAAGACUAAGAUGAAGAUGAAGAAAGAGGUAUAGAAAUGGAUGACUUGAGUGAAAACAACUAUCAAGAAACAACUAAGACUAAAUCAAAAGAUAACCCUAAAGAUAAAAAGUAAGCAAAACAGCAAAAUUCUGAUGAUGAUGAUGACCAUUUUAAUAACAAUAAUAAAAAUUCAGAUAAAGAAAAAUCUGAUCAUUCUGAUAAUUCUGAUUCUGAUAAUGAUAAAAAAAAGAAAAAAAGUGCUAAAGAUAUAGCCAAGCUUGCAAAAUCUCAAAAAAAGAAAAAAUGA